UAUUCGAUUGGCGUCGGUGGCGGGCGGUUCCCGCGUUGCGUUAGCCAAACACGAGAGAAUAACGUAAAUUGACUUAAAAGACUAUUUUUGUAUGGUGAUAUUAUUUAGUUUAAUCCCGUGUUCAAUAUUUUUCCGUAUCGUUAAAAAAAUAUAUACUCGCAAUUGAAUAACCCUCUUUAUUGAGUUUUUUAAACGGCCCAGCGGGAACAGUUUCAUGUGCAUUAUUGUUUUUGUGUUGCGUUAAGUUAUGCAGGUACGGGACAUGAUAAGCUGAGAGCGAGUUGGUAGAGAAACAAUGGAAUCGCGCAGUGCAUCACGAGCGCUGGGACGAGCUCAUCUCUCUCACCUGCCGCAGCGACCUCUAGUAAACAUCACAUUUCAAGACCUCACAUACACCGUACAGGCUGGAAGAAGUUCAAAGAUAAUAUUGCGAAGCUUAAACGGCGAUUUUCGAUCAGGUCAGCUCACAGCCAUCCUUGGUCCUUCAGGAGCUGGGAAAAGCUCCUUACUGAAUAUUUUAGCGGGAUAUAGGGUUAACGGGUCGACCGGCCUGAUCUCCACCAAUGGACUGCCUCGCGACCUUCGGCAAUUCCGGAAGAUGUCCCGGUACAUCAUGCAGGAGGAUUUACUGCAGCCCUUCAUCACUGUGCUGGAGGCAAUGUCUAUGGCCGCAGACCUGAAGCUCGGGUCCGGGGUGGCGAAAGAGACAAAAGCCGUUGUGGUGGAAGAAAUAAUUCAGCUGUUGAGACUCGGCAAAGCCAGGAACACAGCCACCGAGAGACUGUCGGGAGGGGAGAGAAAACGAUUAUCUAUUGGCCUGGAGCUGCUUAACAACCCGCCUGUAAUUUUCCUAGACGAACCCACAACGGGCCUGGAUGAUGUUGCUUCAUCAACCUGUGUCUCCCUUCUGAAGCGCGUGGCGCGUGGAGGCAGAACCGUCAUAUGCUCUCUGCACACCCCGUCAGCGCGACUCUUCGCGGAGUUCGACCACGUCUACGUAGUGGCUGACGGGCGGUGUGCUUAUCAGGGAACUUCUGCUGGGGUGGUUCCAUUCCUCAACGACCUACAGUUGCCUUGUCCGAAGACUUAUAAUCCUGCUGAUUUUAUUAUCGAAGUAUCGAGCGGAGAAUAUGGGUCUCACACUGAACGAAUGGUGGCUGCAAUCGAGAAUGGAAAGAGCGAGAAAUGGAGGGAUUAUGCAGUGGUGGAAACUCUCGAAGAAAUGGAGAUAGAACAGCUGAACACGGGAGGCGUGGAGAAGCAUAACUACAAGCACGGGAGUACAGCGUUCCAGCAGUUCUUUGUGUUGCUAAAGAGAAUGCUUUUACAGACGUUGAGAAACAAGAACUAUCUAUGGCUGCGAGUGGGCCUCCAUCUGUUCUUAGGUAUAAUUGUGGCCAUGAUGUUCAAUAAAAUGGGAUACGACGCGUCCAAAACGUUGUUCAACUUCGGUUUCUGUUACGCCUGUGUGAUCGCCAUGCUUUAUAUACCAAUGAUGCCUGUUCUUUUAGCAUUUCCAACUGAGGUUCAACUGGUGAAGAGAGAGUAUUUCAAUCGCUGGUACGGACUGAAGCCGUACUACGCGGCGCUGGUCGUCUCCCGUACUCCUGCCACGAUAUUCUUCAGUCUGAUAUACCUGGUCAUCGCGUAUCCUGUCACGUCCCAACCACUCGAGGUCGCCAGGAUCUUGAUGUUCACGGCUAUUUGUAUCCUAGUGGCUUUGAUAUCGGAGUCGAUGGGGACUGUCAUAUCUUCUAUGCUAAGUGUCGUGAAUUCGGUGUUCCUGGGCCCGGCGAUCAGCGUGCCCCUUAUGCUUCUAGCAGUGUACGGGAUAGGCAGUGGCGACGACCCCCUGCCUAUAGUGUGGAGGCUCGCGAGGGCUUGCUCCUUCCUGAGAUAUGGAAUAGAGGGUCUGGUGGCCGCAAUAUAUGGACCUCCGCGGGACGACCUUAUAUGCCCCAGCCAUGUCGAUAUAUGCGAGUAUAAGAACGUUAGGUAUUUUGUGAAGAUAAUGGGUAUGUCAGGAGUGUCGUUCUGGGUGGAUUUCGGCAUUUUAACUGGCAUGCUUCUCGGCAUGAACCUGGCCGGUUACUACUUGCUCCGGCAAAGGCUGUCCCCUAAUUACGCGUUCAGAGCCAUCAAGGUCAUAGGCAAUUUUGUAAAGACCAAAAUGAGCGCUGCUAGCGGAUGACGUAAAAUAGAUAAAGUUCGGUUUGAUAGAGAUGUUACGUGUUUUCCCUAGCGGCUUAGUGGUGUCGCACGAGUAGGUUCGAUACUGGGCAUGUCCUGAGUGACUACUCAUGUCUGUUUCAGAGGACCAACUACCGUCAGCCUGCCUAAGCUAGAGGAAAUAUUUUCAAUACUUUAAUAUAAUUUUUGUACGUUUCUUCAAUCAUUAUUCGCGCAUUUAAUUGUUAGACGUGCCAAGCUUAUAUUCAUGUAUUAUAAUUUACGAAUGAAGAAAAAAAAAAGGUGUUUUAAUACGUAUAAAGUUAACUUUAAAAAAAGUUUUAUAGUA